AUGGACCCUAUGAGCAUCGGCUUGGGCCUGACUACACAACAGCAACCUCGUUACUCCAUUCUGUCCACCGCCCCGGCCUCUCCCACCGAAGACGAGGUGGACCACCACGACACCCGGCACUCGGAAACAACCACCACCACAAACACCACCAUGAUGGCUCCCAAAGACUCGACCAUGGCACAGCUGUCGUUCGGCCCUGCAACCCAGCAGACCGUCACUACAGUCACGACCACCACGACCGUCUCGCUGCCGCCGCUAGUUAUGAAGCCUCCGCGAGACUUGUACGACCGAGACCCGAAGCAAUACCCGCUCGCCUUCACACCGACACCGGGCAAUAUCAAACGCUUCGCCUUCGAUCUCAACGGCCGGCCAACUACCUUCCACGAAGCCGAAGACCCCGAAGAGACUGUGCGGAAGUAUCACGAGCUGCAGGCUAAGAUCUGGAAGAGCAAGGGCUCCAUUCGGCAGGAGCAGACACUACAGGACGGAUACCAUACACCUGUCCGUGACUUCUCUAUGCCGCAGCCGAGCAACAAACCCCAAAAUUUACGCUCAUCUCACGCUCUCAAGCGUACCGCCACUCCGCCGUCGAUAGCAGAGGCGGCUGAGCUUGCGAGCUUACAGCGGAGAACAAAGAAACAGCGCUCCCAGCUGCACAGAUCCCACUCGGAACUGAGCGAGCAGCCAUCUUUGAAUGAGAGGGCAGCUUCGAGGUCGUAUCCAGCACCGAUGAAUGCUUCGCACCAGACUCCAAUCACGCCGGACACAGAAAACAUGGGUGCUAUCCCACGAACAGUCCCAAACAGGCCAGCCGGGUCCAGGAGUCGAGCAAAUGUUCGGCCUUCGCACUCUCGUGUGCAGGAAUUGCAAGACGAUAGUUAUGACCUUCACAUGGCAGACAGCGAAUCGCAGGACGAGGAUGCGCAGGUCGAGACGGCCUUUCCCGCACCGAACAACGCCAAGAAGAGAAGCUUUGGUGAGCUGACUGCCAUCGAGAGAGCGAGUCAACAUAUCGCAGCCACUGCAACACCACCUAUCGUUGAGGAAGACCUGGAUCCGGUUCAACAAGCUCCAGCAUCUCAUCGACACAACUUGCCUGGACUCUUCACAAGCUCGCAGCAGGAUGCCAGUUUACCUAGUCCCAGUCUCUCGCCCAUCACAGCUGCUGCCAAUCUUGCCUCUCGGCAGAAUGCCUUCGACUUAUCCUUUGCUGAUCACAACGAGGAGGAUGGUAGCGUGGUGUCUGGCCUUGAUCUCGACGAGGACAGCAAGACACAAAGUGCCAAGUCAUUGGACUCGCAGUCAUCUAAGAGAUCAACCAACGCCGCUCCACCGUACAGCUUCACUCAUGGGGUUCCACCGUCGAACCCUGCGUCCGCAUCGAGUCCCACCAUGAUGGACAUACCAACCAUGGUAGAUGCCUUCGAUGGCAUGCCCGAGCCCAUGCAAGCCUACCUUGUGUACCAGUUCCUACGCCGAUGCCCCAAGACCACAUUGCAGAUGGUGGCCAACGUUGUCAACCCUGCGCUCAAAUGUGACCCUUUCAAUGUCCUGCCACCCGAACUCAGCCUGAACAUAACCAGAUUCCUCGAUGCCCAGAGCAUGUGCCGUGCAGCGCAAGUGUCGAAGCGCUGGCGGAAGCUCAUCAACUCCGAUGAAAUCGCCUGGAGAAACCUCCUCGAGCGGGACGACUUCGUCUUGCCAAAUGGCGAGAUUGCGCGGGCAGUUCGUGAAGGAUGGGGGUGGCAACACGGUGUAGACGGCUUCGAGCAAGACAUGAGCAAAGCACGACACAGCAUGUCUCCCGAGAUCGCCGACUCGACCCUAGUGAGUGACGAUGAGCUUACUGCAUCGUCGUCUGUCACAACGAGGACAAUGAAGAAGAAGUCCCUUGUGAGGUCAUCGGCCUCCAAGAAGACCAAGCGUCGCUCAGCGAUCGGAUCAUCAUCUAUCACGAAGCCCACAGCGACAUCGAACGUCAAGUGGCUGAAGCUCAUGAGCACUGCCAAGGGAGCCAACGCUUUCGCGCAAGCAGCCACUCAAGCUGUGCCGCAUCCGUCAAAUGGUCUGGACAGUCUGCGUAACAUGCACCUGUUCAAGUCACUCUACCAGCGACACUAUCUCAUCCGUCAGGCAUGGAUGGACGAGGAGAAGCAGCCGCAGCACCUGGCUUUUCGAGCUCACCAUCGGCAUGUGGUUACGUGCCUGCUGUUCGACAGUGACAAGAUCUUGACUGGCAGCGACGACACGAAGAUUAAUGUUUACGAUACGAAGACUGGCGCCUUGCGCAACCGGCUCGAGGGCCAUGAGGGUGGGGUUUGGGCGCUGCAGUAUGAUGGCAAUAUGUUGGUAUCGGGCUCCACUGACCGCAGCGUACGAAUUUGGGACAUCAAAUCUGGUCGCUGUCUGCAAGUCUUCCAGGGACAUACCUCCACCGUGCGGUGCUUGGUGAUCCUUCAGCCUGUGCAGGUCGAUACAGAAGCUGACGGAACUCCGAUCAUGAUGCCCAAGGAGCCACUGAUCAUUACCGGUUCGCGCGACUCCACUCUGCGCGUAUGGAAGCUGCCCAAAUCCGACGAUCGACAGAUCUUCCAGGCUGGUCCGCCGGCGAACGACCGUGAUAACCCGUACUUCCUGCGCACACUCUCGGGACACCAUAACUCGGUUCGAGCGAUCGCAGCCCACGGUGAUACCCUGGUAUCGGGUUCUUACGACUGCACUGUUCGCGUGUGGAAGAUCUCGAACGGUGAUCUCGUUCAUCGCCUCCAAGGACAUCAGCAAAAGGUGUACAGUGUUGUAUUAGACCACGCCCGCAGUCGCUGCAUCUCUGGAUCAAUGGACAAUCUCGUCAAGGUAUGGGACUUGCAAACAGGCUCGUGUCUCUUCAAUCUCGAAGGACACACGUCUCUAGUCGGUCUAUUGGACCUGAGCCAUGAUCGACUCGUUUCUGCCGCAGCCGACAGCACCCUUCGAAUCUGGGACCCGGAGAAUGGUACAUGCAAGUCGACGCUUUCAGCACACACUGGUGCCAUUACAUGCUUCCAACACGACGGACAGAAGGUCAUCUCUGGAUCAGACAGGACACUGAAGAUGUGGAACGUCAAGAACGGCGAGUGCGUUCGAGACUUGCUUACUGACUUGAGUGGGGUGUGGCAAGUACGAUUUGAUGAGCGUCGUUGUGUCGCUGCAGUACAGCGCGACUCCCUGACUUACAUCGAAGUGCUCGACUUUGGAGCUGCUCGUGACGGUGUCCCUUCGGACGAGCUUGGUCGGCGUACCGUGGUGGAUUGCCGCGGACGAGAAAUCGAGGACGUGGCCACCAGCCCAGUCGAUCAAGACCCGGCCGACCCAGCAGCUUGA